UGGCAAUAAAACCACGGCAUUUUAUUUUCAGCAGCAGCAGGCAGAACUAGCGCUAACUCAUUAGUUCGUACGAUAUAAAGUGUGGCCAAUUCCUUGUUUCCAUGUGAAUUUGUUGAAAGAUCCACCUAGAUGAUACGGGACUCGCCCACAACCUGCUUCAAUUUCGUUGACAACAAGCAAGAUGUCGAAGCAAGAAGGCGCAUCGCGUCCUAGCCGUGUCCUGCUCUCCGGCGAUGUUAGUGGGUAUUUACACACGCUCUAUGACACUGUUGCAAAGCAGCAGGCACGAGUCGGGAAGUUCGACUUGCUUUUUGCGAGUGGUGCUUUUUUGAAAGCUCCGGCGUCCAAUGAUGGACCAGGGACGACCGAAGAUGAAACGGCCCGUGAAUCUUCUCAACAGUAUCUGCUUGGCCUGAAGGAGCCUCCCGUACCGACAUACUUCAUCGACAGCGACAAUGAGCGGUUCAUUGAGGGAUUCGCGAAGGGAAAAGAAGUCAGCGGCGCUGGGACUUCCUCAUCAUCUAGUGCACCAAAUGCAGCUGCGGAACAGAGAAACAAGCUUGUUUUUUUAGGGUCACACGGCGUGAAAACGUUGGAGCCAUCUGGACUAAGAGUGGCGUACUUAAGUGGUCGCUACGACGAGCUCUAUUUCGAGGACGAAUCUCAGGCAUUUCAUGGCGCGUGUUACACUAGACUCGCAAUAGAGCAGCUGAAACGGCAGGCCAAGAUCGCGGAUGACCGAAAUCAAAGAGGCAUAGACAUUUUCCUCGUCUCGGAGUGGCCGCGUGGCUGGCAGAAUAAGAUCUACGACAAAAGUGAACUGCCGCCAGACGAAAGUGAUCCAAACACGUCAGCAGAGCCGGCACUUGCGGAUGUUUUGCCAGUAUCUGAACUGAUUGCCGCGCUUUCACCGCGAUACGUCGUGUGCAGUGGCGGCAAAGACCUGUUUUACCAGCGACCGGCCUUUCAGACUUUGCGGGCCUCACACGUGACGCGUAUGUUGUGCCUCGGAAAAGUAGGUCCGAAGAAGGGCAAAAACCGCAAGUUUUUGCAUGCCUUGCAGCUGAAACGAAUAGGCGAUAUGAGCAGCGAUGAGUUACGAAAUAAACCGGACAACACGACGCCCUUUCCGUUCCACGCAGGCGACAAUUUAGCGGGCUUGCAGCGAAUUCAACCGCCCAAGCGAAAGGGGGGAGGAGACGCCGAUGACGCAGAGGCCGGAGAGGACGAAGACGGUCGGAGAACAGGAGACGUGCAGCUCUUCGUUAGCAAUUUGCCAGCGGGACUUAGCGAUAAAGUAUUCUUGAGCGCCAUAAUAGCGAUAGCCUCUAGUUUAGUUUGAUGAUGAUAUGGUCAACAUCAUCUUAAUGAGUCAGUUUGUGCACUAAGACUAGAGACUUCUUUCUGUCAUGGUGUUUUCUACUUAUAUAUAUUUAUAAACUUCUUUCGUGUUUUGAUAUUGGAAUCAAUUAGCGACUCGAAGAAUCUUCUUUACGAUCUCAGAACCUGCGUAAAGCGAUGGAAGGAGCCUUGGGAUCAGGAACGCUGCUGAAAUUGAAGGUGAUGCUGAAUGAGCACACUGGGGAGUGCCGUGGCUUCGCAUUUGCUACUGUCGCUUCCGACGAGAUCGCGAAGAAAGCGCUAGAGCUGAAUCUGGAAGCCGGUGGUCGCCAGAUCCGGUUUGACUACAAACGGGAGAAGGCAAAUCGCGGCGUGGCCGCCGAUGGCACGGAGGAGACCGUCGGAGGAAAUGAAGAGCCACGAGCAAAACGGCCCAAGCGUUGCAUAGUGGUAGAGCCGCAUGCCGAUUGCUGGUUCUGCCUGGCGAAUCCCAAGUUCCAGCGGCACAUGCUUGUAUCGGUGAAUCCCUAUGUCUACGUCGCAACAGCGAAGGGAGGUGUCAAUGCAGGAAACCUUAUUCUGCUCCCUGUAAAGCACAUCCCGAACUAUCUGUCCACCUUCAAUUUCACCGAAUUUGAGCCCUUAGCAGACGCAAUCGGGACGCAGGUGGCGGCAGUGCGGCAGAUGUGUCUGGGCGGGCUGCCGGACUUUUUAGACAGUAGCAACGGCCCGUGCGACCUGAUUCUUUGGGAACGGUGGGUGCCGAUGCGCAUGAACCACAUGCAGGUCCAGAUGGUUCCGGUACCCAGAUCCAAGUACGUGAACUGGGCAAGACUUUUAGAUGCGUGGGCGGAGAAAUAUCAGCUGGACUUCGAGAAGAUUGGUUCCGUCGUUGUCCCGCACGUUUCAGAUCAGCUGCUUCAGACCGCACACGCGAAUACAGGAGGCCAACCGUCGAGAAUCAGCAGCAACGUGAGGAAAAUGCUUGAGGCAGUGGAGGACCCAGACGAUGUGCUGGACAAGACGAACUCCCACGGUCUGCGCCAGUUGCUUGAUCGCAAUGCGUCGCGCUUCUUCGCCAACGAACCAGAACGAAAUCUGCAAAGUUUGCUGGACAUGCCCUAUCUCUACCUAGAGCUUCCCGGGGACAGCACGGCGCGAGGUCGAAAGAUGGACCGCUACGUUUGCUACGGGCCAGGGAAAAUCCCUAUGAACUUCGCAAGAGAAAUGCUAUGUGACGCUCUAGACUGCCCCGACCGCGCUGAUUGGCGGGAUUGUCAACUCGACGGUCCGGCUGAAAAAGCACAUGCCACAGCGCUAAAAGAUCGCCUUGCCCCCUUCCUCCCGAAGGAGAAACCCUCCAGGCAUAAUUGAUUUACUAAUUUCGAAAUCUUCCAGUACUGACUGUGUCAAGAUGUAGAGACGUAUCAAGCGCUUUUUGCU